UCCAUUGUGGUGCUUGUUUGGAAGCAGUCGGAGUCAAACGAGAGAAGAAAAGGAGCAAGUAGCAGGGAGCCGGAGAAGCAAUCUGAUUGGUUUUUUUUUUUUUUUUUUUUUUUUUAAAACAAGAUUAACUUUAAUGAGCAUAAUAAAACUGUCUAACAAAGAAGGAGAAAAAUGAUCUUGCAAGAAGUGUUGAUGGAGGAAGAGUUAAGAUGAGGUGUUAAUUGAAGAGGGGUUCGUUAGUUUUCUUGGUGACCAGUGACGUUUCAUGCGGAAGUCAGUUUACACAGUAACAUUUCCAGAAGUUAGACUAAAAGAAGCUUCUGUUUUGUUAACGGCAUUCCAAGCAUUAAAAGGUCGUAUUCAGAGGGCUGACCUGAAGACAACUCUAACUAGUCCCUGAUUGAGUGGAAUAACAAGUAAAGAAAAGUCGAAUGCAGGCUGCUGCGAUAUUUUCCCCAAGGCUGGUUUGCUGAUGACUUGAGAACAUGGGGCACAUAAGUAACAUCUGGAAUCCUGAAUCUCUUUUUGUCUGAACUUAAUAUGAACAAGAAGAGCUGCUUUAUUAGAUCAUGAUGCUGGAGCACUGAGGCACCGGCAGAACAUUAGUCAGCCUCAUAACAUGUUCUGUGAAACCAUGCUGCGCUUCCUUUCUCUCAAAUUUGGACGCCUGUACAGAUGUCUGAAGUUAUUGUUUGUAGUAAGCUUGUUCGUCAUCUUGUUGAUGAACACCCACAACUUGCUUGCCUCCUUCCAGAAAAAUGAACUGACGGACCGUCGCUUCAUAAACCUUAACAAGUGCCCGGCUUGCUUUGGCAACAGCUGGUGCCGCAAGUUUAUGAAUGGGCAGAUAACAUUUGAGUCAUGGGGUCGUUUGAGAUUCCUGGACUUUCUUAAUGUAAAAAAUGUGUAUUUUGCACAGUAUGGGGAACCAAGGGAAGGUACCAGACGGAUUGUUCUCAAGCGAUUGGGUUCAAAUCAAGAGCUGGCGGAUAUUGACCAGAAGAUAUGUAAGCGCGCUACAGGGCGACCACGAUGUGACCUCAUACAGGCAAUGUACAAGACAGAGUUCUCCCGGUUAAAUGGGGAUGUAAGGUUGCUGACUCCUGAGGUUGUAGAAGGGUGGUCUGAUCUAGUGCACUGCCCUUCUCAAAGACUCCUGGACAGAAUUGUAAGGAGAUAUGCAGAAACGAAAGAUUCCGGGAGCUUUCUUCUCAAGAACUUGAAGGAUACUGAACGUAUGCAGCUGUUAAUGACGCUGGCUUUCAACCCGGAACCCCUUGUUCUUCAGAGUUUUCCUUCAGAUGAGGGCUGGCCUUUUGCAAAAUACUUAGGAGCCUGUGGGAGAAUGGUGGCAGUAAAUUAUGUUGGAGAAGAUCUCUGGAGCUUCUAUAAUGCCCCCUGGGAAAAACGUGUAGACCUGGCCUUGCAAUUAGUGGAAAUUGCAGAGCAGCUUACCAACAACGAUUUUGAGUUUGCACUCUACCUCCUUGACGUCAGCUUUGACAACUUUGCCGUUGGACCUCGGGAUGGGAAGGUCAUUGUUGUGGAUGCUGAGAAUGUUUUGGUGGCAGACAAGAGAUUAAUAAAGCAAAAUAAACCUGAGAACUGGGACGUGUGGUACGAGAGCAGGUUUGAGGACUGUGAUAAAGAAGCAUGUCUGUCAUUCUCCAAAGACAUUCUCUGUUCACGAGUCAAUGUGGAUCACAACUAUUAUGCCAUCUGCCAAAACCUCCUCUCUAAGCAUGCCACAUGGCGUGGCACAACCGGGGGUUUACUGCAUGACCCUCCAACAGAAAUAGCCAAAGAUGGACGACUUGAAGCCAUGCUUGAUGAGUGUGCCAACCCAAAAAAGCGUUAUGGUAGAUAUCAGGCAGCUAAAGAACUUCGAGAAUACCUUGCACAACUUGGCGGUAAUGCGAGGUAGUUAAUGGAGCUGAUGUGCUUUUUGCUGUCUUUCUGUUUUCAUGUAUACUGGUUGGCAGAAAGAGUUGGAGAACUGAGACACACAGACAGUAAAAGCUGAUAAUCCUUCUACUUGUCCCUGACAAAAGUUGGUUUAUUAUUAAUUAUUAUUAUUAUUAUUAUUAUUAUUUGCAUAGAAUCGCAAUAGAGUUCUGUAAACAAAGGCUGAUUUAUUUGAUUUACAGCUUCCUCUUGGCUUUCUUUUUCUUUUUCCUGAGGGAGGGUCAGCUGAAGAUCAACUUGUCGAUGGCUAUAAUGCAUAGUGACAUACUUAUUGAUGGCACACGUGUCCCAGAGCAGUCAGCAUUGUUCCAGCAUUUCUAUUACAAGUUGUAAAGUUGAUGUCUUUUAUGGAGGAAGCAUACUAACUGGUGGUCCAUUUUUAAAUCUCAAGACUUUGAGCACACUUUGGAUUUUUAUGUUUUGGGGGGGAAUUAACAACAUUUUGUUUCCGUAAUACAGAAAGUAUUGGACAUUUGUUAAUUUUGGAUUGUUGUAUAAAAUAUUAACGUACUGUACAUUUUAUUAGCUUCAUCCUUGCUGGAUUCUGAUAGAAGUAAUCGUUUUACUGUACUAUUAUACACCUACAGUAUUUUAAUGCAGACUACUUCUAAAAUUGGUAGACAAGGAUGGUGCAAAUAACAGAACUAUCAUUUAUUUAUUUUUGUUUAAGAUCUCUCUUGUAAGUCAUUGGAUACGCUAUUAUACAAGAUGCCGUGGAACAUGUUCUGUUCUCAGUGUUUACUGUAAGUGUCCCGCGAUAUGGGUAAUCAAGUUGAAGUGGAGGCAGUGCCCCUUGUAUAAAGCAGUAGGAAACGUUUAUUUUGAAUGGGUAAAAGACCCUUCUGUUGUACAGUAGUUGCACAUAUACCAAAGAAUCUGGUUAUAUGUAUAAUAUACCAUAGUUGUACAAGUUUUUUUUUUUUCUUAUAAGAAAAUAUCACUUCAUUAGAAAAUCCUGGUAGAAGCAUAUAACAAGGGUUUUGUAAAAUGUAUACAACAUUGUUUAUUUACACUUAAUUCACCAAUUAAAAAAUUUGAUCAAUAAGAGAUCAGCUGGUCAUAAAUGUUGUGUUUUCUUUGCAGUGGAAUUGCAUUGCAUUUUGAUUGGCUCUGGUAAAUGGCUGAUGUUUUAAAGUUCCAACUGGAUUCAUUGACGUACAACAAGACUAACUUUAAAGGAAGAUUGAAUCAUUGUACUAAACUUCUAUAAUGCCUCUAAUGUGGUUAUUUUACUAUUCUGGUAAUUUCAGCAGGUUGGAUGAGAAACACAUAGGUAAUUCACUGCACUUUUUUGUGUGUUUAAAUUCAUAUUGGGGCACUAUAGCUGCCAUGUGCACUGCACAAUCAAGACCAAGUGUUGCUUAAUGGCAGGUCUGAUAACAUGCAAAAAGACUGUAGGAAGUAUGUGUUCCCCUUUUUAUAAGUGGACUUAAAAUAUAAAGAUGUCUUAAAAAAGGAGGGGACUAACCCAGGGGAAAGAUAAGUUGAUAGAAAGCAAUAAAGCACAUUCCAACAUUUAAGUAUACAUGUUCCCUUUCUUUAUUGUUCUAGAUGUUGGUUUACAUUGUCUAUUCUUACACUCCUUUUUGCUCCAUUUAUGAUGCAGUUGCAGAAUAUUUUCCAAUGCGAUUUGGAGAUUUGUAUGUGCAAAAAUAACUGUCUGCUUUUGUACUGUAAUUUUUUUCAUUUGAGUAUUGUAUCAGCAGUGUCUGAUUUUUACUGUGCCUUUCAUAAAAGUUUUGUUUUAUUUAUAUUUAGUGGGUUUAAAUAUUUAAAAAAUAUAUAUAUAUAUAUAAUAUACUUAACAAAAGCGUGUGUGCUUUUUUUAUGUAUAGGAAUUAUAAAAUAGAUAAGCAUAAAAAGUUAGCAGUUAUUCAAAGUAAUAAAGCCAAAAGAGAAUUCACUGUAGUUAGUCAUUUUCAUUCAUUUGGAAUCUAUUACAUAUUUAUUUAUUCUCACCAUAUGAAAAGGGCUUGGGUCUGUAUUAAACUGCCAAAUUUUAUUUUGCCACCAAACCAGAACACACAUCCUUCAUGAAUGCCUUAGAGUAUGAAUUUACAUUUCAUGUUGACUCUCUGGCUGGAGCUGUGGCUCUGAGUUUUGCUGAACAAAUUCAUUUUCCAUACAUAAAUAAGAACACACUAGUUACUACAGUAGCAGUUUCCCAUAUUUAAAAAGAAAAAAAACAGACAGACUUGUGUCACGAGUGCAAGUGUGCUGUAAAGUCUCUUGCAAUAACAGUUUGUCUAGUUGAUUAAAAGAUUUGGUUCGGGAUCUCUUAUUUGUUGGUAAAGCACAUUAAGAAUCUGACAAUGCAAUAUUCCGAUCUGUCGCUUCAUUUUACUAUUCUUAAUACUGGUCCUGGUUUUCCACUUUCACAGCUGUUUCACAAGACGUGAACAUGUACUGCCUUUUAUUAAUCCAAAGCCUUUGUUUUGUAUGUAUUAAUUUCCUACAGUAUAUAGAUAUGUGAAAUCUUGUAAGCAUUUUUAUUUUUUUUUAAAGCGCUGCAAGAAAAUAUUCUGUUAGCUUUUCAGUCAGAAAGCAAAUUGAAAUGUCUGUGCCAAUGACAGAUGUGUAUAGGAGAGUUUAUGUAUCUGUAUUAAGAGGAGAGCUUUUGACAGAACAAAUAAUCUGCUGUUAAGCACACAUCAGAUCGAUAAACACCUACGAGGUACAGUACAUAGGAAACGAUAUUUAAUUUACACAAAGUAUGAUUUAUUAACCGCAAAAACCUUUUGUGUAUUACGUGGACUGUAUUAAAAAGUGAUUUAUUGUAUACUGUAGUGGCCAAACGGUGCCUUCCUAUAGUUACAGUAUUGCAGAUAUUGAGGGGGGAAAAAACUAAACAAUAUAUUUUAGUGUCAUUAAUGUUUAAACUCUCAACUAAAGUGAUUAAUUGCUGAGCUGUAAUUGAGUAGUCCAGGUCAAUUUAUUAUGAGUUGUACAAAUACUGGCUUGUCAAUGCAGCAUCAGUCUGAAGACAAAUCAGCACAACUUAAUUUUAUUUGUGCAAAGUAAGCACAAAAAACUUCCCAAGGAAGAUGCUAGUAGGAGAAAUGCAAAAUAAGCAUUAUAACCAAAUUGCAGGCAUGUCAAAUAGUUUUUGUGAUGGGAGGAGACGCACCGAACAUAGCUGUGCCCAGAUGAAAAUGGACAAGCUAGCCAAGCAGAAACGUGUCAUUAAUCUCACAAUAUCCCAUUUAUUAUUGCUUUAGGUGGCUCAGUUUAAAUCAAACUCAGGCAGGUGUCUUUAUUUAAGACACAAAACCACGGAACGUCCUUUUACAAAAGGAAAAAAAAAAAGCAAGGCUUGACUAUUAUUUUCUGGGUCUCUCUGCUGUGUUUUACUGAUGUAAAGUCUAUUUCAUGGUCUGCCAGCUCCCACCCCCCCAUUUUUUUUUUUUUCAAGUGAAAUAAUCUAUAUUUCUUUGUGAAAUUUAAUCUGUUCACUGUUGCUUAUGGUUUGUAAAUAACAAUGAAAUACGGAUC